AUGCCCGAGCCGGAUCCUGAUUCUGAUGCGGAUGAACCGAUUCCCGAUGCAACCAUACCUGAUGCUGCUGCUCCUGUGCAGCAAGAACCUGUCAUGCAUCCCCAUCAUGACAUGUAUAUGCAAGAAUUUCAUAGGUUGCAUGAAGACAAUCGGCGUUUGCAUCGUGAUUAUUCUGAACUUUAUGAUAGUGUUUGUGAGAUAAAUACUGAGAUGGUGGAGUUUAGGGAAGAGUUUUAUACCUUUAGAGACAAUCAAAAAUCACGCAACCAACAUGUGGAUUCCCUUGUGACCGACAUGCAUAGGGGUGAUUUGAAGAUUGGAGCAUGCUUAGGAUGGUCAAGGGAAGCUCUCGGUGAAAUUUCGGAACUUUCGGAGCUAAAUUGA